GUCACCAGGGUGUGUCAGGGUUCCAUAAGCGACCCCGCAUACCGCUGGCAACCCCCACCCGGAGUCCUUGUGCCGACAGACCGGCACCGGAGCGCGGGUUAGCUGCGGGUGCCCAUCCGCACACCUCAGGCCUCGCCCUGCGCUUCAGAAGGAAACGAGUCGACCGACCUAGUUAAUACAGGAAAACCAGCAUAUUAACCUCACCAUGAUCACCGGUCUCCACCACGUGAACAUCAUCGUGCCGCCCGGCACUUUGCCGGCCGCGCAAGAGUUCUACGGCUCGACGCUGGGCCUCGCGGCGCGCCCCGUGCCCGCCGCCCAGCGCGACAGCCUGGCCUGGUUCGACAUCGCCGCCUCGGGCCAGCAGCUGCACGUCGCCUUUGGCCGCCCCGACGACGACUUCACGCCCGCUGCACGCGCCGCCCGCAACCACCCCUGCUUCCGCGUCGAGAGCCCAGAGCUGCUUGCCCAGCUCCAGCAGCGCGUCUGGGACCAUUUUAGUAAAGGCGGCGAGGCCGCGCCGUCGGAGUGUGAUCGCCCGGGGGGUGAGAGUUCGGGUUCCAAGGGCGUCGAGUACCCGACCAGGUUCUUUGCCCGAGACUUUGCGGGCAACAGGCUGGAGUUUAGUCUGUAAUAGCUUGGGAAAGCUGGAGCAAGAUGGACUGGGCUGCCCGCGUUCGUUUCUUGGUCAUGCUGUAACAGUCUCACAG